AUGCUGUCUUCAAAAGAACUGGAUGAUCUUGCCAUUGAAAAUUUUCGUACGUAUCUCCGGUUUCCUACGGUCCACCCUAAUCCUGAUUACUCAGCAGCUGUGCAGUGGCUUCGCGCGCAAGGAGAGGCCAUAGGCCUCGAAUGCUUUAUCACGGAACUCAUUCCAAAAAAUCCUAUCCUGGUUAUGCGCUGGCAGGGUGUCGAUCGUUCACUGCGUUCAGUCAUGCUCAACUCUCAUAUGGACGUGGUUCCAGUAGAUCCCGGGAAGUGGACUCAUGAUCCCUUCGGUGCCGAAAUGACCCCAAAUGGGAAUAUUUACGGUAGAGGCGCUCAAGACAUGAAGUGCGUUGGUAUUCAGCAACUAGAAUCUGUUCGUCGCCUUAAAAUGGAGGGAUUUGUUCCCAGGCGCACAAUAUACCUCACUUUCGUGCCUGACGAAGAAGUUGGAGGUGGUUGUGGCAUGCAGCCAUUUGUGGCCGGUCACCAACCCACUAACAUGGGGGCACCUAAUGAAAUUUCAUUCGCCGACAUGAAUGUGGGUUUUUGCCUGGAUGAGGGCAUUGCCAGUCCCCUGCCAAAUGAUCUCUAUGCUUUCUAUGAAGAACGGUCUCCGUGGUGGGUCAUUUUCACCAUACGCGGUCAAGCGGGUCAUGGUUCAAAGUUCAUCGAAGACAUUGCUAUAGAGAAACUCCAUCGACUUAUGGACAAUCCCACUUUUGUCUACAUCGUUAGGCUUUUAUCUUUCCGCGAAUCAGAAAAGAAAAAGUUUGAGGCGAUGAAAGACAGCACCUUGGCUCUCGGCAGUGUGGUUACUACCAACAUCAAUGUAAUCCACGGCGGUGUGCAAACAAACGUGGUCCCCGCUGAAAUUGAGGUCAGAGUUGACUUCCGCCUUCCUCCUACCGUGGAUUUUGCUCAAUUCGACCGUCAACUCUACGAAUGGGCCAAUGAAGCCGGAGACGGCAUCACAGUAAGUUUGUUUCACGUUCCUUUUCCUCCUCAUUUCAUGCUGUGUAGUUAA